AUGAAGAGGAAGAAAACAGUUCACGACAAUGGAGAUCGAACUAAUAACAAUAUCACUCCAGAGACCGGCAAAGAUAAGCAAACAUUCAGCAAUGCAAGUCAGUUUUGCACAAAUUCCAUCACAAACGCAGACAUUCCAUUGCGAUCAGUAUAUUACAGACUGUUUGAGGGUCUUGAAAAUCGGAUUGUUCCAUGUUCUAACAUGCAACUUCUUGGUGUUAAACUCCUUUUAGGACUUGAUACUUUCCGUAACCAAACGUCACAUUCCCCAAAACAGAGCAGCUGUUUGACGUAUUUAACAUCAUCUAUCCAGAAAAAGAGAAAAGAGAACUCAUUUCGGAAGUUGCCUGAUAAGAGACAAAGAAAGAGGACAUCAGCAGUUUUGAAAGACAUUACCAAUAUUGACUUUUCUUUGGCUACUGAAAAUCAAGAAUCACCAACAUCUACGGUUUUUCCAGAUACUGAAUUUGGAGAAAAUAUAGAUGAGACUUGUGAACUAGAAUUCGACUGUAGCUCUCUAGAUGCUACUGAUUCAGAGUAUGAAUAUGAAGAUGUUGAUCUUCCAUCUUCUGAACAUGAUUUACUUAAUACAGAAAAGUCUAGAGCAGCUACAAAAGGACAAAACAAAGAUGAAUAUACUGAUGAAGGUGAUCCAAAAUACACAUGUACACAUUGUGGUGCAAUGAUGUGGUAUGGAGAACGUUUGAACAAGCGCCGGAAUGCUAAGAUUCCUACAUUUUCACUAUGCUGUAUGCAAGGCCAAGUGCAAUUGCCUUUAUUGAAAGAACCACCAAGUGUUCUAAAAAAGUUGAUGGAAGAGAGAUCUGUUCAAAAGGGAAAAGGACCACCCAUGUUGGUUCUACAAGGAGAAAAUUAUCUUCUAAUGGGCAGUUUAACUCCUAAUAAUGACAGCCAAGCAAAGUUCGGACAGCUUUACAUAGCUGACAUAGAAAAUGAAGUUGAAAAUAGAGCAAAUUGUCUGAGCUCUGGUAAAAGGGGGUUCAAUUCCAAUAAGAAGGAUAAUCUGAGGAAAGACAUUAUUGAGAAAUUGAUGAAGAUGUUGGAUGAAGUGAAUCCAUAUGUCAAAAAGUUCAGAACUGCGAGAGAUCGGUUUCAUAUUGCACCAGAGGAUUCUUUUCAUACGAGGAUUGUAAGUGAUCGAUCUAAGGAUGGGAGAACAUAUAAUACUCCGACAGCCUCAGAAGUUGCUGCGCUCAUUCCAGGAGAUUUCAAUCUAGAUAUGGAUAAAAGGGAUAUUGUUCUACAACAUAAAUCAGGAAACCUACUGCGAAUAAACGAGAUACAUGCUUCUUAUCUUGCCCUUCAAUAUCCUCUGUUAUUUACUUAUGGAGAAGAUGGAUUCAGACUUGGUAUUAAGAAAGGUGUAACAAAAGCUACAAAGAAGCAAAAGAAGCCUAAUAUCAGUAUGCGACAGUUGUUUGCUUUUCGCCUUCAUGAACGUAAGAAUGAGUCUCAUUCUCUGUUGCAUUCGAGAAGACUAUUUCAGCAGUUCUUGGUGGAUGCCUACACUACUAUAGAGUCUAAUCGCCUACGCUAUCUGAGAUUUAAUCAACCUACUUUGCGAUCAGAUACUUAUGACUCUAUCAAAGAGUCUGAGAAUGCAGGAAAGGUUGAUAUGAGUGAUCAAGGAUCGGAGUUCGUCUUACCAGCUUCUUUCACUGGAAGUCCUAGAUAUAUGAAGAAUCUUUACUUGGAUGCUAUGACCGUAUGUAAGCACUUUGGAUUUCCAGAUCUUUUCAUCACUUUCACUUGUAAUCCGAAAUGGCCGGAGAUCACAAGAUAUGUUAAGUCUCAAAAGCUAAAGGCAGAAGAUAGAUCAGACAUUGUUUGUAGGAUCUUCAAGAUGAAACUUGAUUCAUUGAUGGAUGCCUUAACAAAAAAAAUCUUCUUGGAAAGACUAUUGCAUUGCACGGUCGAGUUCCAGAAACGUGGCUUACCACACGCACACAUUCUCUUAUUUAUGGAUCCUUCGCACAAGUUUCCUACAACCGAUCACAUUGACAAUAUCAUUUCUGCGGAGAUUCCUGAUAAACUCGAAGAACCUGAACUUUAUGAAGUUAUUAAAGAUAUGAUGAUUCAUGGUCCUUGUGGAGCAGCUAAUAUGAAUUCUCCAUGUAUGGAGAAUGGUUUGUGCUCUAAGUCGUAUCCUAAACCAUUUGCUAAGAAGACCACUAUUAAUAAGGAAGGAUUUCCGGUUUAUAGAAGGCGCGAACAGUCAGAGAACUUUGUCCUGAAGAAUGGAUACAAAUGUGACAAUCGGUUUGUUAUUCCAUAUAACAAGAGACUAUCUCUACGUUUCCGAGCUCAUAUUAAUGUGGAGUGGUGCAACCAAGCUGGAUCUAUCAAGUACUUAUUCAAGUACAUUAAUAAGGGACAAGAUCGUGUGACUAUUGCUGUGGAACCGCCAGAUCUCAUUGUUGCUAACGAGUUGGGCAAUGAAGACAUUACUAUGGAAAAGAUGGAAAAGAAAAGAAACAAACUUAAGGACUUUUUCGAUUGCAGAUAUGUGUCUUCUUGUGAAUCAGCUUGGCGAAUUUUCAAAUUUCCUAUUCACUAUCGAUCAACUGUUGUUGAGAAGCUUAGUUUUCAUCUACCAGGAAAACAAGUGGUCACUUUUAAAGGAAAAGACAAGCUGAAAGUAGUGAUCAGUCGUAAGCUCAUUGAAAAGACAAUGUUCUUGGCAUGGUUCGAGUUGAAUAAAAUCGAUGAGUUUGCAAGAACACUAACUUAUGCCCAGAUUCCUAUCUACUAUAUCUUUGACAAAAGGUCUAAGAAUUGGAAGAAGCGGAAAAGGGGUUUCUGUUUAGGAAGAAUAAAUUAUGCUCCUCGGAUACAGGAAGCAGCUUAUUUCUUGCGCAUAUUGUUGAACAUUGUCAGAGGGCCUACCAGUUAUGAUGACAUUAAGACCUACGAGGGAGUUCUCUAUCCUGAAUACAAAGAUGUAUGUUUUGCUCGUGGAUUAUUAGAUGAUGAUCAGGAGUACAUUGAUGAUCUUGUAAGGAGAAGCUAUGAAUGCUCUGCAAGUGAUCUACGACAAGUGUUUGUUAUUAUGCUUAUGAGUAACACUCUGUCUCUUCCAGAGGUCGUAUGGGAAAACACGUGGCGGUAUUUGUCUGAAGAUAUAGAGCAUAACAGAAGGAAAUAUUUGAAUAGACCAGGUUUGAACUUAUUACUAUGGACGUGA